AUGCCGGCCGCGCGCCCCCGGGCCUCAUUUGAGCCCAUACCGCCCGAUUUCGAUGUGCGCACCUUUGUGGAGACCGCGGACAAUUUCCAAUAUGUCGACCGCAUUUCCUACGAGAUGAUCGCCAACAAUGGCAUCGAGGCCUUUGAGAAGCUGGUGAUGCUGCACGUCAUAAUAGGCGGCAAGCCUCUGGUAAUCGACGGGUUCGAGGAGGUUCUGGAUCCUUGGACCUUUACACCUUCGUGGCUGCGCGAUAACCAUGGCGAUAAAGUCGAGAAUGCGCGCAAUCUCUCGACCAAGGAGAACAUUCCUCUGACCAUGAAGCACUAUCUCAAGCACAUGACGAAGCUGACCGAGCAAUUCUUCGACGGCCCCGACGACGCAUACCGCGAUAAGGCGAGGCAGCGCAUCUACCUCAAGGAUAUCGACUGUCCUCAAGUGUGGCAUGAUAAACUGAAGGAGCACAUUCCCUCGGUUCUGUUCUACCUCAACGAGAGCACCGGUGAGCCUGGCGGUCCCGGCGCAUUGGACGAGCCCGGUGGUCGCAAAGGACGCGGUAUUGGACGCGCUGGAGAUCUCAUGAGCAGCCUGCCACCUGAGAUGCGCGCGGAGAACCUCAUGUGUUAUAUUGGUCACGAAGGCACCUACACCCCAUCACAUCGAGAGAUGUGCGCCUCACUCGGUCAAAACAUCAUGGUCAAUGCAUCAGGCAACAUCAGCGAAGACGGCAAGCAGGAGCGUCCUGGAUCGUCCAUCUGGUUCAUGACAGAGAGCAAGGACCGUCAUGUUGUCUCGGAAUACUGGCUUUCGGUACUAGGCCACGACAUAGAAGUGGAGAACCAUUUCGCGCAGCUCAUCGCUUGGAAAAAGGCCCCAUUCCAGACUUAUGUUGUAGAGCAGCGAGCGGGCGACUUUAUACUCAUCCCACCACUGGCUCCUCACCAAGUCUGGAAUCGCGGCACGCGAACCAUGAAGAUUGCUUGGAACCGGACAACUGUCGAAACACUGGAACUCGCACUGAACGAGGCAUUGCCCAACUCCCGAGUCGUCUGCAGAGAUGAGCAAUACAAAAACAAGGCCAUUGUCUAUUACACCCUUCAGAAAUACUCCAGCCUCAUCAAGUCCGCGCGCGCUCAAGUCGAAGCGGGUGGUGAACAGGCAGUUGCAAUUCAAACGUCAGUCAAAAUAAAGCAAGUGCAGAAGGAUUUCAAGAAGCUUUUCGAUCUGUAUAAGGCCAUUCUGCUGUCAGAGGCGUUUGCACCGGACUCACGAGAACACCCAGAGUUUCUUCCCUACGACAGCAACGUAACUUGUGCCUAUUGUAGAUGCAACAUCUUCAAUCGCUUCCUUAGCUGCAAGACUUGCAAGAACUUGUUCAGUUCGGAGAUCGAAGAACCAUACGACGUUUGCAUGGACUGCUAUUGCAUGGGACGAAGCUGUGGCUGUCAAUCAGGAUACACAUGGGUCGAACAGUGGAAGUGGAAGGAUCUCCUCCACAAGUACGAAGAGUGGCGCGCUCAGAUUAUCGACAUCGAUGGCUUCGUACAUGAGAAGACUCCGCUUCCACUGCAAGAAGAGCGACGAUAUCUUGGCAAGAAGACAUUGGCCACAGUCUGUCAAGAGCAACUUCGAGUCCGACCCUUCGUCGAUAUUAAGAACCCGCAACCUGAGAGCGUGUCCGACGAUGAGGAGCCUGUCGUUGACGAAUACGGCAACGUCAAGAAGGUUGCGAACAAGAAGUCGAAGCAGUACCUUUCGAAGCACAAGUCGUGCCAUUUUUGUCUUCACCGCCAUCCGAAAUGGAAGAUGGCAUUCUGCACGAGCUGUGACCUGUCCUAUUGCUACGGUACCCUGUUUCGAGCACACGACAUGAUGCCGGUAAACGUCAUGGAGGCUUACAACUGGAAGUGCCCACACUGCAGACGAGUUUGCAACACUGGCGCCUGUCGACGUGACCCCCGACAACAUCCAUACGAGCCCAAAGGAACUUUGCUCGGCCACGACACCAAGAAAGUGGCUGAUAUACGCUCAGUAGAGUGUCUUGUCGACUUCAGUGUGUCUAACCUGAACUGGUUGCGGGAAGAGGAGGGUAUGGGCCAGAGUGCAAUGCAACGCAGAAUGCUUCAAGCGGAGAUGGACAAAAUGGCGGAUCCUUCCCUUGAUGCGCGAUUCAUUGAAGAUGAUCACGGCUACACCCGAUACGGUAUUACCUACUCUCCAGUUGAGGACGCCAACGGCGUCGUUCACGACAAUGGUGAUGGAGGGGCAAAUGGUGCUCCAUACUACCAUGAUCCCGGCAUGGAUGGGGAGAUUCCGCGUCUGGGUCAGAAGCGUGGUCGCGAAGAAGACGAGGAUGUACAGGGCGGCCGGCGGAAGAAGGCCAAGGCAAAGAAACAGAAGAAGAAGAAGGACGACGAAGCACAACCCCUGCAACCGAAGAAUGCAUCUGGCAAGGAAUAUCAAAAGGAGGUACAGAGGAAGCUGCUCGAGGAUGCCAAACGCGAGGACAGGUUCAUCAUGGUUGCCGCAAAGAUGAAGGGUAAAUCCAAGGUGGUAAAGUUAUCUCUGGCCACUGGCCAUCUUGACCGAAUCCGGCAAAGACCCGUCCCCGAGCGCGCCCCAGUGCUGCGACAAGGCACUCCUGAGGAAAUCGAAGCGUCUGGCGACAUGCGGUCCAUUCUACAGUCCGAUGUUGUGCCGAAGCCAAACACUCUCAAGAGCGUGGCUGAGAAAGAGAAGGACGCGAAGACAUAUCGGAUCCGAGUAGAAGAGGAUGAGGCAUACUCAACGCGCAAGCGCAAUCCGGAAAUUAGCGGCGCUGCGAAACCAGGCAGGCCUCGUGGCUCCAAACGAUUUGAAGAGAUCACGCUCGAUUCCGAUGAGGAGUUUGGUGGCGAAGAAGACGAGCCCGGAUAUACUGGUCGCCCGCGUGGGCGUGCAUCGAACUGGUUGGCGCGAAGGAAUGAAGGUGAAGAAGACCUACCCACCGAGCUGCCGUCCGACUUUAGGGAUGGAGCUGUAAGGCCCAACCGGGAGAAAGACCGAGAGCGAAGCCGCGUGUAUAAUGAGCGCCGAAAAUCCAUGCCAGCAAAACCAAAAGCUGGAAUCAGACCUACAGGACCACCAUCCGAAGAUCCGGAACCCAACAACGCUGGUGAUGUCUCCGGUCAUGCCUCUGACCAGGAUGGUCUUCACGAAGAGGAUGACCAGUCUAGUGAAGCUUUCAUUCUCGCACAACAAGCCGCUGCCGCUGCCCUGGAAGCCCAACGUCGGGAGGAGGAGGCAAAAGCUCGUGCAGAAGCUGAAGCUAGAGAAGCCGAGGAGAAUCUGCGAGCGAAGAUGGCGCUGUUCCCCGAUUCGGACGAUGACCAGCUCAUGGACACAUUCCUUGGUGAUCUGCCCGCUGAUGAGGAGCCAUUCGAAGAUGACACACGAUCUGAGGACAAAAAGCCAGAGCCUGUCCGCACAGGGCCACCGCCAACUACAAACUCCAUCUUGAGUGGGUUGAACGGGAAGAAGAUCAAGAUUGUUGCGGCAUCCAAGCGGAACGGUAACGGGCCAAGCAAGGUCACUACCACGACGACUGUUACUGCACCAGCGUCCAAGUUUUCCUCCGUCAAUAGAAAGCCCCAGGCUAUCAACGUGUCGGAUUCGGAGAGUGAUGAUGAGAUUCCUGCGAGCGCACCAGCUCCGAAGAAACCUGUUGGCAGACCACCAGGUCGCCCUGCUAUGGUACCGACCCGCGGUUCGAGUUCUGGGAAGCGUGGUCGUGGACGUCCAAGGAAGACUACGUGA